CGCCACACGCCACGUUUCGCCAGUCUUAUUAGUUCAUUCCUGUGUAAUAGUUGAUAGCUUUUCAGUUCUUCAUUUGGUUCAAUAACUUAGUCAAGAUGAGUGCUCCAGCACCAAUUUAUAAGAGCGGAGUUGCUAAAAUGGUGUUAUCUGGCGAUACCGUGAUUAUAAGAGGCCAACCACAAGGCGGGCCGCCUCCCGAAAAAACCCUCUCGCUGUCGGGCAUUACCGCACCCAAACUCGCCCGUCAGAAAACAGUCAACAACAAUACUGAAACAAAGGAUGAACCAUUUGGAUGGGAAGCUCGGGAGUUUCUGAGAAAGAAGUUGGUUGGCAAAUCAAUCAUAUUCACUUCCGAAAAACCCCCCAAUGCAACAAGAGAGUAUGGUUCAAUUUGGAUAGGAAAGGAUCCCACAAAAGAUGAAAAUGUAAUAGAAUCACUGCUGGCUGAAGGAUUAGUGAAAGUGAGAGAAAGCAGCCGAAACUUUCCACCUAUGAAGAAACUAGUUGAAAUAGAAGAUGCUGCACGAGCGCAAGGAAAAGGUCUAUGGGGUACUGAUAUCCAGAAACAUAUCAGGGAUAUUAAGUGGACCAUUGAUAAUCCCAAACAAUUUGUAAACAAACAUAAUGGCCAGCCCAUCAAAGCUGUUAUGGAAUAUGUCCGAGAUGGAUCCACUGUGCGAUUGACAUUACUACCCGAUUACUACACAAUCACCUUGAUGAUGUCCGGAAUCAGAUGCCCUGCAAUUAAGCAAGAUGGAGAAUCAGAGCCAUACGCUGAAGAAGCGAGAUACUUUGUAGAGUCUAAAUUGCUGCAGCAAGAUGUUGAAGUAAUUCUGGAAUCAGUUAACAACGCAUAUUUCGUGGGAACCAUCUUACAUCCCGGUGGGAACAUUGCUGAAGCUCUGCUUAAACAAGGAUUUGCAAAAUGUGUUGAUUGGUCCCUGGCAGUUAUGAAGUCUGGUGCUGCCACGCUGAGAGCCGCCGAGAAAGUAGCGAAGGAAGCGAAACUCCGCAUCUGGACUAAGUACAUAUCGAAUGCGCCGAUUAUUUCACCUAAAGACAAAGAGUUCACAGGAGUAGUGUUAGAGAUCAUGAACGGAGAUGCUCUCAUGAUUAAAUUAUCUAAUGGUACAACUAAGAAGAUAUUUUUGGCUAGCAUCAGACCACCACGUGAAAAGAACAAUGGUCAGGAUGAAGAAGCAAAGCAGUCACCGAGACCAAAAGGAUUUAAACCUUUGUAUGAAAUUCCUUGGAUGUAUGAAGCUCGAGAAUUCUUAAGGAAGAAGCUCAUUGGCAAGAAAGUGAGUGUGACAGUUGACUACAUUCAGCCUGCUAAAGACACCUACCCAGCUAAGACUUGCUGCACAGUCAUGGCCGGAGCAACCAAUAUCGCCGAAGCACUUGUGUCCAAGGGAUAUGCAACUGUUGUAAGAUACAGAAAUGACAAUGACCAGAGAAGCUCCCAUUAUGACAAGCUGCUGGAAUCAGAAUUAAAGGCUCAAAAGGCAGCCAUUGGAUUACACGCCAAGAAAGAUAUUCCCACCCAUCGCAUUCAAGAUACCAGCGGGGAUCCUGCUAAAGCAAGGAAAUUCUUACCUUUCCUCAAGAGAAUACAGAAAACCGAGGCUGUUGUUGAGUUCGUCGCCAGCGGCUCUAGGCUUCGUCUGUACAUUCCCAAAGAGUCUGUACUUGUUACAUUCUUAUUGGCCGGAGUUGUAUGCCCUAGAGGCGCCCGUCCCAGUGCUAGCGGGGGACCUAUGCAACUUGCUGAGCCGCAUGGUGAAGAAGCCCUUCAGUUCACAAAAGAGAAAUGCCUCCAACGCGAUGUGUAUGUAACCAUUGAGGAUAUGGACAAGGCGGGUAGUUUCAUCGGCUGGCUCUGGAUCGAAAAUGAGAACAUGUCGGUUUCCCUUGUUGAGCAUGGACUUGCCACUAUGCAUCAUGCCGCAGAGUCUUCUGAAUACGCGCGAGCUAUUAAGACAGCCGAAGAGACCGCUAAAAUGAAGCGUAUUGGAUUGUGGAGAGAUUUCAUUGAGGUUGAUCAAGAAAUCGAGAAGGAGCACAACACGCCUAUAGUUGAACGCAUUGUCAAUUACGACAAAGUUAUCGUCACUGUUGUGAAGCCAGAUGGCAACUUCUACGUCCAGAAUAUAGAUCUUAUUCCUAAAUUGGAGGCUCUGAUGGAAAGGAUGCACCAUGAUUUUAAGAAUUGCAGCAGCCCGAUGCCGGGCUCAUUCGUACCGCGGAAGGGAUACAUGUGCGCGGCUCGCUUCACAGCUGACGACAAUUGGUACAGGGCUAAGAUUGAAAAGGUCACUGAAGAUGGAUAUGCUCAUAUCUUCUACAUUGAUUACGGAAACAGAGAGAUACUGGACUUCACCCGGCUGGCUCCGAUGCCUCCAAACAUGGACAUCGAGCCGCCGUACGUUAGCGAGUACGUACUGAGCUGUAUAAAGCUGCCGAGUGACGCUGACGAGCUGCGCGAGGCGAUGCGCGCCUUCUGCGCCGACACGCUCAACAAGAAGCUGUUGCUGAACAUUGAGUCGCGCGGCACGCCGCCGGCAGUCACACUCGUUGACGCCUCCACCAAAUGCGACAUUGGAAAGAACCUGAUCCGAGAGGGUCUGGUGCUGAUGGAUUACACCCGGGAGCCGCGGCUCGCUUCGCUGAUGGGCGAGUACCGUGCUGCGCAAGAGCACGCGAAGAAGUCGCGUCUCAAGCUGUGGCGGCACGGAAACAUCGUCGAGGAUGACGCGGUCGAGUUUGAAGCGCAUCGCUAGCAUACGUAUGUGUGGUUCGAUGUAACCGCAACAGCAAUGCACCGGCGUACCUGUCCUACUUGCUCCGAACCCCCAGACAUCUUAAAAGUCCUCAAGGACUUCCUCUAAAUUAAUAAACUCUUACCCUCCCAUAUUACAUAUGAAUGAACUCUGAUUAAAUGUAUAACCGAUGUGAGAGAGGACACACUCCAAUAGUUGUUUGUGAAUUUGAAUUCGGUUGUCGUGUGGGCAACCAGUUAGCCGUGACCCGUGACGACGUUGCGCGUACUUUGCUUUUCUUAGUGAAAUAUUUAAUAACUCGAUGUACCUUUUUUAAUGUAAAGUAUCUAGUACGAGAGUAAGUUCUGUUGAAAUAUCAAAUAUUUAUAGAGUUCUUUUAAUUUAUUUACAAUUUUGUUUGAUCAAAAUACUUUAUUAAGAGUUCACCACCGCUUAACCACAGAGUAGAAAAAAGCGUACAAAGAGAAAGCUUCUUGAGAAUGUUUAUGUCUAUUUUGUUAGGAUGGUCACAAUACAUUACGACUAAUUAAGUGUUUUUUUUUUUAAAUAGAUAAAUUGUCACUACACAAAUCUAAAAAUAAAAUACCUUUUU